UUCCUUUCUUCUUUCUUUGCUUCUCCUGUUCUUCUUCUUUCUUCCUCUCGGUCGAUUUUAUUCUCAAUGGUUCGAGAUUGAGUUUCUCGAAAUUAGAUCUUAGAAAGCUUGUAGUUGUUGAGUUGAGGGAGAAGGUGAUGCUGCUGCUGUCGUUUGAGUUCUGGAAAAGAAAAAUUAUGGUAAGGUUGUGCCAAAAUCUGUUAGGAAGUUGUAUAAGUCUGGUUUCACAGCAUUACAUAGCCUGGUUGCCAGAAUGAAGGCGAGUAAAUAUACUUUGAGUGAAGCCACAUUGGAAAAGAUAGCCGAAUCUUCUUAUGGACAGAUGUUUUUGAUGUUCUGGCACACUAAGUACUCAGAAAGUCAUUGGGAAAAGUUGGAAGCUGCAGUGAAAAAGUACUUGAAGUGUUACAAAAGGGGUCGAGUCAAGAAUGAGCUCACAUUUGAGUUUGUUAGAAGAGGUGAAACACACAUUAUCACGUCGACACCAGAAAAAAUGGGUGUAAUGUUUGGAAUGCUAAGAAUGGCAGGAAGAAGAACUGAUGACACCUUUUUGAUGGUAGGUGGUGGAUGGAGGCAGAAACCAUUCUACAUUAGACACUUUGGUGAUAGCAACACGGUUACAAGACCAAUGCUACAAGAUGCCAUCUUGAAACUGCUCAAGCGUACUGGUAUCAAGAAUUGUAAAUCUGAAGGUGGCGAAGACAGUGAUGAUGACAAUGAUGAACAAGUAACCGAUAAUGCUCAUAAACUCAAAGAAAAGUACUUUGGUUUAGUUGAUGAUCUUGAGAAGUCAAAGAAUGUAUCUUGGCCUGACCUGAUACAUAGUUUCUUAGAGAAGAAAAUCAAUCAGAACUACAACACUCCCGAGGACAUCACUGGUUGUGUCGUCUAUUUGUUGUUGUUGUAUGCGGAGCAUACUCACUUGGUGAAACCAGUGACGUUACCAGAUGAUCGAUACCUUCCAAGAGCGGCAAGGUGGAACAUCAAAGAAAUAUCUGUUGAGUUUCUAAAGGAUAUGGAGGCUUCGCAAUACACAUUCUCUAAAGAAUUUAAGGAUGAAUAUACUAUAGCUUACCCACCUCCACAACCAAACUCGGGAGAAGAAGAAUCUAGCAGUAGCUCUGAAGAAGGGCAUGAUGAUUUGGAUGACACCGUUCCAUCAGCAACUACUCUCCUUGGUAACAGAGGAUGA